GGGAUCUAACCAGGUCAAUGCUUCAAGGUUCUUGAAUAUGAGACUGAAUCAACCCCACCACCUACUUCUUUAAGGUUUUUCUUCUUUCUCCAAGAAAAUAUAUGAAAAGCUUGGCUUUAUGUCGCUUUAUCCUUGUCCAAACCCAACUAACCCUCACCAUUUUUUUGGAUUAAGGCUUUGUAAUCUUAGUUUUAAGAUUUUAUUAUUUGUAAGGUCAGCUUUGGAAGGCUCCCCAACAGAUUUAUAUGUUCAUUAUCAUAUUAAUUUUUCCGUUGAUAGUUGCUUGAGAAAAGAGAUUUGAAGAAGGCAACCAAUCCGGGAUGAGUAUUUAAGAGGACUCUGUAAUGAACGCUCUUAUACCACCUUCAUUAGCAAUCUUGAGCUAACUAUCUUUCUGAGACUAAACUGCUUGGCCACCAUGCUUGCCUUGACAAGCUCACCUGUAAACAUGCUUGGUUGCUUAAUUAUAUUGUUGCUUCUUCCUUAUCCUUCUUUGUCAGCCGACCCCGAUCCGUUGCAGGACUUCUGUGUUGCUGAUUUAAAUGCUACUGUAUCCCUUAAUGGCUUCCCUUGCAAGCCAGUUUCUGAAGUUACUUCAGAUGAUUUCUUCUUUGAUGGACUGAGCAAAGAGGGCAACACGGAUAAUCCUUUUGGCUUUGGAGCCACACAAGGAAAUGUUCUUGCAUUUCCUGGACUCAAUACACUUGGGCUAUCCAUGAACCGUGUCGACCUAGCUCGGGGAGGAAUAAACGCACCUCAUUCGCAUCCUCGUGCCUCUGAAAGCGUUGUCGUUAUUAAAGGGAAGGUCCUUGUUGGGUUUGUGUCUACAAGUAAUGUGUACUAUUACAAGGUUUUGACUGAAGGGGAGAUGUUUAUCAUUCCCAGAGGACUGGUUCAUUUCCAGUAUAAUGUUGGACAUAGCAAAGCCAUUCUACUCACAGCUUUCAAUAGUCAGUUGCCGGGGGCUGUGAUCGUCUCUCGAACUUUGUUCGCUUCAAAUCCUCCAAUCCCUCUCGAAAUUCUGACCAAGACCUUCCAAGUCGAUGAUGGUGUUAUCAACAGCAUAAAGUCCAAGUUUGCUUAGUUCUGUCCUCAGUUUGUCCAUUUGAUUGAAUAUUGAAACUUUUCUGUCCCUGGUUAUGUCCAUGCACAAUAAUCUCAUUCAUAGUCCUGAAUGUGAAUUAAUUUACUGUUUAGAAGGUAGUCAUGCGUUAAUAUUUAUAUGAUUCAUUUGUUCAUGAUA